AUGCCUCCUGCCCUUUCUGUCUGUCAUGCAAAUGUCCAAGUCUUUGACAUGGCCACGCCGCCUGGCCUUAAGCUUCUACAGUUUAACGCUAACGGCCUACUCGGCAAGCUUGACCAGCUCCUCGCAUUCAUGCGUUCGCACAACAUAGCUGUAGCGGCUAUCCAAGCGAUGAAGUGGUCUGACUCCAUCGAGCUACCGCUGCUUGGUGCCGACCCUAUGGAAGUAUUGGCCAUUUCCCUUGACAUAAGCCCGGCGCCGCUAACCAUCGUGAACGUUUACAUCCCUCCAACUUUCAGUUGUCCUCCCGGUUUUACCGCCUCUAUCGCCCCCUGCUUACCUUCUGAAGACAGUUUGGUGCUAGCCCUGGACGAUGAAUUAGAACAGGUCCCCUUCGCCGUCCUCAACGGGAACAGCCAAACGCGGCUCUCGACCAACGGUGCCUCCAGCUCGUUUGAUGUUUCCCUCGCCAGUCUCAGCCUGGUAGCCUCAACCAUGUGGAGCACAGAAAUCAGCCUUGUUAGCGAUCACCUCCCCAUAUUGCUCGAACUGGCCACUGCCGACGACCGUAUCAAGGCCCCAAGUAGGCACUUCAUCAACUUCAAGCGAGCCGAUUGGACAGCGUUUACCGCCGAAUACGAAGCCGAGAUCGAUGGCCUACCACCUCCCACACGGCGGAGCGAGCCCUUCGUCGACUUCUUCUGGCAGCAGCAAGUCACCACAUCCCGGACGGCCGCAUUCUUCUACUUCGUCCUAACUAUCCGCCUGAAACGCGAGAGACAUGAUAUACGAGCACGCGAUGCCAAUGACCCGCAUAUCGUAGGGCUGAACGGCUUGAUCACCAAGACCAUCAACGACGGCAAACGCCGAUGCUGUCACGAAUUAAUUGCAGAUUGCAGUUUCCGCGGCAACUCAGCUGUCACUUGGAAAAUGUCUAUGCAACCUGACCAAGCCCCGGGCUGA